AUGGGCAGUUGUGCGUCAAAACCGGCAGAAGGAAUUAGAACGCACAAAAGGCGCCGUCACAGGUUCAAGAGAACCCAUGGGAAGACGACCACUUCUGUUCAUGAUGGAACAAAAAAUAGGGCGAGUGAUGCAGGAAGUCGUGUCACAGAUUUCACCCUUAAUGAGCUUGUUCAUAGGGGUUAUGGGAAGGGUGCAACCACCACUCGUAAAAGAUCUAAGGUUUCCAAUUCAACAUUCCAUCUAACUCAGUUGCAAUGGCACCAUAGUCAGCUUGACGCAAACGUUAUUCGCAAAGAGGAUGUUUGGUUCGACUCAGUCAGCAUCCUGGAAUCAGACACUGAUGAGGACUUCUGCAGUGUGCAUGGAGAUGGUUUUUCGCUAGUUGGUGGUGCAAUUGGGAACAUCUCCAGUGGCCAAGUGCUUCAUUAUGAAACUUCUUCACGAGUUGUGGAGGGCAAGGGUAAAUAUGAAGAAUACCAUGAAAGUUAUUUACAAAUAGAUGGAAAUAAAACUGAAAAUUUUUUGAGCAAGGAUGAAUACAAGGACUCAAAUGGAGUUGCCCCUGUUAGCUCCCAGGGAUACGAGCUUUCACAAUUAGGGAAGACUGAUGAGUUUCUCAACAGGAAGAAAACCUUAGAUCUUUCGUAUGGAAGCUUUAAAGGUCUAAAAGAGCAUAAACGAGAUUCUGGCGACAGUGCCUUAAAAUCUGGCUUGUCUCGGUUGGUUCCUUCUGUAAGCUUCAGUGACAAGACACUUAAUGCUUCAAACAUUGGUCCACUGUGUCAAAAGAAAAAAUUUGAGACAAAAUCCGCAGUUUUCAGGCUCUCUUUUAAGAGGCGAUCGUGCGAUGGAGGAGAAACGCUUGAAGAAUGUGCUUCAAAAAGAUUCUUGUAUCGGCCAAAAGCAGGAUUUGUUAUUCCAUGUUGCAAAGGAGAGAAGCCAGCGGGAGGAUGUUGGAAUGAACUUUCACCUUCAACAUUUAAACUCCGCGGAGGGACAUAUUUCAAGGAUAAGUGCAAGUCCCCUGCUCCAAAUCAUAGUCCAUACAUUCCAAUUGGUGUUGAUUUAUUCGUCUGCCAGAGAAAGAUAAAUCACAUUGCCCAACAUAUCGAACUUCCGAAUGUUAAAGCAGAUGGGAAGAUCCCUCCUCUUCUUAUUGUAAAUAUUCAGAUGCCUACCUAUCCCGCUGCAAUGUUCCUCGGCGAUAGUGAUGGCGAAGGGAUGAGUCUCGUACUUUAUUUUAAAGUUUCGGAAGAUCUCGAUAAGAAUAUCUCUUCCCAAUAUCAGGACAACAUUAUGAAAUUGGUUGAAGAUGAGAUGGAAAAGCUGAAAGGGUUUGCAAAAGACACAGUAGUUCCUUUCAGAGAGAGGCUUAAGAUCCUGGCCGGUUUAGUUAAUCCUGAGGACCUCGGCCUGAGCUCUGCUGAAAAGAAACUUGUACAUGCUUAUAAUGAAAAGCCAGUACUUUCUCGGCCCCAGCACGAAUUCCAUAGGGGUCAUAACUAUUUAGAGAUUGAUCUGGAUAUUCAUCGCUUCAGCUAUAUAUCAAGGAAGGGACUUGAAUCAUUCCGAGAUCGUUUGAGAAAUGGAAUCGUUGAUCUGGGCUUGACUAUCCAGGCACAAAAACCAGAAGAACUACCAGAGCACGUUUUGUGCUGUCUGAGAUUGAACAAGAUUGAUUUCGUCGAUCAUGGUCAAAUACCGACACUAGUUACCCUCGACGAUGAUUGAUUGAUACAGAUGGUAAGAUG